CUUUCCAAUUUCCUCCGGCGAGCAGCAAUUAUUUAACAAUUUUAAGGGAUUUGCUUGGUAUUCUGCAUUAGGGUUGAUUGAUAGGCUGUGACAGCUCGAUUAACCGAAUCCAAAUAGCCGAAUACCUCCCGAAAUGGAUGCAUCAGCAGAUAUUGCAAAAGCAGAUGAAUCUAAUACAAGCACCACCAUAGCCACGAACUCAGAACUAGGUCUCGAAUACAACAGCACAACCGUAAAGAAAGCUCGAUUACAAUCAACAUUGGAUGCACUUCUUAACGAUCCAGUUCUCGCAGACGUACCCAAGAAACUGUCGCUGUCUGAUGUGAACACUCUCAUCAACUUGGAGCUCGGAAGCGCCAUGCGUAUCACUGUCCUAAAAUUGGAUGCUACAUCCUUCGAGGUGGCUCUGAUGAAUUCUGCUACUUUGAAGGACUUGAAAUUGGCGAUUAAGAAAAAAGUGAAUGAUGUGGAGGAAUCGAGAAUGGGGCAUCGGCACAUUUCUUGGAAACACGUAUGGGCAAAUUUUUGCCUUUCCCACCAAAAUGAGAAGCUACUCGACGACAAUUCUUUUCUUCAGGACUACGGAAUUAGGACCAAUUCUCAGGUUCAGUUUGUUCCUUACGUUAUUUCGAGAGAUUUUCGGAGGCACUCUAGGAGCAAAAAACAUCGUUUCUUUCAUGGUUUAAACAGAAAAGCAUGACCAGAAAAUUUUGGUGACGAAUUCUCGAAAAUAAUUGUAAGUAUUAUUAUUAUUAUUAUUAUUAUUUUUUUUUUUUAUAUAAUUUAAUUGGAGGA